AUGACGGACGCGGCCCGUUGGAAAGCCACUGUAUACGUCGGAGGUCUAGCAUCUGUUGUCACCACCGUGAAUCUUCACGAUGCUUUCAUACCGUUUGGCGAAAUCGUGGAUGUAACUCUACCCAAAAAUGAUGCGCCAAACUCUACCGAGCCGCAUAGGGGGUUUGCCUACGUAGAGUAUGAGGAUGCCGAGGAUGCCAAAGAAGCAAUCGACAACAUGGAUCAAUCAGAAUUAUUCGGCAGAGUCUUAAGAGUAUCGGCAGCUAAGCCUCCAAAGAGCGCAGAAGAAGGACUAGGUAGUAAGACUGCGAUUUGGGAACAGGAAAGGUGGCUUGCUGAGAAUGCCGUCAGCGAGGAAGAUCGAACCGCAGCUACGGGAGCUAGAGCUAGCGAAGAUGACAGGCCGGAGGACCCGAUGCAAGGACUGGAGGGACUUGACGUUGCUGGACCAAAGCCGGAAUGA